AAAAAAAAUUAAAGUAAACGACUUGAAAGAAUAAAAUAAGUUUUAAUAAAUUUUGAAAAGUCUCGAUAAAUAAACCAACAGCUUAACAAAUCAAACACAAUUCCAAAAUAGUCACCGCCCAAAAAAAAACAAAAGAAAAAUCCUUUUUUUUUUCCUUUUUCUUUGAGAGAAAGAGGGAGAGGGAGACAACUUUGUUCUGGAUAAAACACAUCGAUUUCUAUUUUGUCUGCAAAAUUCUCACGGGCGAUCGGAGAGAGGAGACAGAGGUGGUGCACAAGAAUCCUUCCCCGAUUCUACACAAAAGACUUUGGAAUGGGAAGAGAAGUUGUUGAGGUGCUUGUGGACCGAAACGCCGACGUUUCGAGCGGUAGAGUUCACGUUGCUCCUAAGAUAGCUGCAGAGGAGCCUGAGGAGGAAUUUGAAGUCAAGGAAUGCACCGAGGAGGAUUCUCGUUCCCAGAACACACCAAAACUCGAAACUGCCGAGAGAAUUGCACCUCAAAAAUCCCCAAAAACCCCUAAUGGAAAUGCUAAAGUUUCAAAGCCCGAUGUUCCUCGGAAGCUAUUGCAAGCCGAGAACAAGAAGCAUAUCGAUGAAGAUGAUAAUUGCUCCAUUGCUUCUUCCGUGGCAACUUCCAUGAGGAUGGGUAGUAAGUUCGGAGUGACUCUCGGAAGUGCUCCAACGUUUAGGAGUGCCCAGCGUGCUGAGAAACGCAGAGAGUAUUACCAAAAGCUCGAAGAGAAGAACCAAGCGCUUGAAGCCGAAAGGAACGAGCUUGAACAAAGGCAAAAGGAAGAACAAGAAGCAGCUUUGAAACAACUUAGAAAGAAUCUCAAGUUCAAGGCUAAACCCGUCCCCAACUUCUACUACGAGGCGCCUCCUGCAAAACCUGAGCUCAAGAAGCUUCCUUUGACCCGUCCCAAGUCGCCAAAACUCAACCUUUCUCGGAGAAAAAGCUUCAGCGACGCAACCAGCUCGUCAUCCCGUGAAGAGAAUUUCAAGGCAGCCUCUAACCGGAACCGACACAGCACCGGAACAGUUCAGAAUAAGAACAAGAACACCGAUGUUGCGCAAGACAGCCCUCGUUUCAGAUCUGGCAAGGGUAAAACCGGAUUGAAACCAGUCAGCGAGUCCUUGGAAGAAGCUUGUGAGGCUUGAUAUGAUGAUGGUGAAUGAUGAUGAUGCUCUUUGUUGGUCUGUGUUUACUCUCAAACUAACUUUGAUCGUACCGGAGAAAAUUUAAUAUCAAAAACAAAAAAAGACCCUUUGUUAUUUCAGUUAUUUCCGGUAUAUGGCUGGUUCACAAUGUAACCGUCUCGGUUUUAAUUGUAACGCUGAAAAAUUUAUGUUGAUUGUUGAAGAACUCCUAAUGUUGAAAUUUGUA